AAAAAAUCUCUGGAAGGAAGGACGUUAAAAGUCAUUCACGGUAAUAUCUCUUAUUAAUAAUUAUUUCUGUUAUAAGACUUUUAAUUCAUAUUAUUUUAUUAAAGCAAUCAUGAGACAGACACUGACAUUAUUGGGUAAACACUUCGGUGAGUUAGCAACCGUGCGAGGUAUCAUCACCUACAAGCUCAGUCCGUUCGAGCAGAGGGCUUUUGCUGGAGCCAUCUCGCAAGGUCUCCCCAACAUCUUCCGUAGGAUCAGGGCAAAGCUCUUUAUUGUCGCACCCCCUUUCAUGCUCGGCUACUUGGUCUACACAGAAAAUGAGAAAAUCCACAAGAAGUUGAUGAGGAAAAACCCCGACGACUUCAAGGAUGACAAAUAGACAACCAAGGAAACCCAAUGUAGAUUACUAUAAUGUGAAUAUUGUCUCAAAUUUGUGCUUGAGUUAAAAUAAAUUAUUGUUUACUGUUA